UUUGAAUUUGGCUCCUCCGCACAGAACAUGCGCAGUGCGCGGCGCGCUGCCUUCAGUCAGCGGAGCAGCAGCUGUCCAGGAUUUGGAAUUCCAACAUGGCAGAGGCUGUGGUCAGUCUUUCCCUGACUAACUUGGAAUCAUUUCAAACCGCGAGCAGCCGCGCGUAACCCCAGCGAGCCGUGCGCAGCAGCCACGCUGGAUCAGUGCCGGCGUCAGCCCUUAAAGCUGCCGGAUCACCUACACAGGCUUGAAGACAUGAUCACUAGCAGCAGCAUUUAUGGCCUAAAGAUGCAGUGGACCCCAGAGCACACACAAUGGGCGGAACAGCACUUUGACAUCUCAUCCACCACCCGUUCACCAGCACAUAAAGUCGAGGCUUAUCGGGGCCACUUACAGCGGACGUACCAGUAUGCUUGGGCAAAUGAUGACAUUUCUGCACUGACUGCCUCUAAUUUACUUAAGAAAUAUGCGGAGAAGUACUCUGGGAUCCUAGAGGGCCCAAAUGAAAGAGCCCUGCUGUGUUCCUACUCUGAUAGCUCCACCGGACUCAUGAAUGGACGGAAGACAGAGAAUGAGUCCUGGCAGGAGGGGAUUUACCCAAUGAACUGUGUUCCAGAUGUUAUAUCUGUGAGCAAAGCUGGAAUGACAGCUGCCCUACCCCCUACAGAUGUGUCAGCUAGCAUAGGCAGCUCUCCUGGGGUGGCCAGCAGUCUGUCUGAGACAAACUAUUCCAGCAGUAACUGUGGGAGUCACACAGCUACGACUCUCCACUCGGGUCUCCCCUCUCAGGAAUAUACCACCAGCUACAACGGCUCCUACCUGCAUUCUAGUUAUAGUGGUCAAAGUACCCCCGGCCUUCCCUCCCCACACCCAUCUCCUUUGCACAGUGCUGGGCUCUUACAGCCACCACCUCCCCCCAGCCUGGUGCCCAGCUACAAUGCCGGGUCUCCAAACAUUUCCAACUACAAUUAUUCUUCAACAGGGUAUCCUGCUCAGACUGCUGUUGGCCCUGGUUAUAGUCCUGGGGGAGCGCCCCCUCCUUCUUCUUAUCUGCCAUCUGGAAUUGCAGCUCCAACGCCGCUCCCUUCUUCUACACUGCCAGGUUACACCUACCAGUCCCUUAAUCAUACCCCAAUUGCACCAACACCGUUAAAUGGCAGUACAUCCAACUCAUUAAAACGAAAAGCUUUCUAUAUGACUGGACAUGGAGACAUGGACUCUAACUAUGGUAAUUUCAAUUACAACCAACAGCGCUCCUCACAGAGCCCAAUGUACAGAAUAGCAGACAGCAGUGUCUCAGAUGCCAACAGAGGUAAUGGCUUUGACAGAAACUCUGAGGCAUCUUCUUUAACAUUUAAGACAACCAAGCAGCCAAUAUCUUCUGAUCAGCCAAGAAAAUUUAGCAUGCUCUCUGGCCGGGCAUCAACUCCUCCAACAUAUGGGUCAACCAAAAGCUCUGGAGGUGACAUCAGAACAGGCGAGGGCUACAACAAGUUUGGUUCUCCCAUCAUGAGCGAGCAAACUGAAGAGCACAGACAGCAUGUCCCUCAUUCCAUCACAGGUCCUGACAUUGUUACAGCUACCUCAACCAUUCAUGCUGCAGAGGAACAACUGAAGAACAGUGAUUCCAACCUGGUGGAAAUGAUCACAGCGGAAAUCCUUCAGCAAGGCCCUCCAGUGGAUUGGGGUGACAUUGCUGGUCUUGACAUGGCCAAAGCAGCCAUCAAAGAAGAGAUACUCUGGCCAAUUUUGAGGCCAGACAUGUUUAGUGGACUUGCCACAUUACCUCGGAGCCUCCUUUUGUUUGGACCUCAGGGAACUGGCAGAACUCUGUUGGCCCGCUGCAUGGCCAGCCAACUGGGAGCUGCAUUCUUCCACCUGAGCAGCUCUUCUCUAGUAACCAAGUGGCUGGCAGAAGGGGACAAAAUCAUCCAGGGAUCUUUCCUGGUAGCCAGGUGUCGCCAACCGGCAGUUGUAUUUAUCAGCGAAGUGGACCUGCUACUGUCAGCUCAACUUAGUGAGGAGAGUCCAGUGAAUCGCCUCAAGGCAGAGCUUCUCAUGCAGCUUGACAGUGUUCUUACCUCUGCUGAGGACCACGUGCUUGUGGUCUGCUCCACGAACAAGCCUGAAGAGAUACCUGAAUCUCUCCGGAGAUACUUUACCAAACGACUGCUUAUACCUUUGCCAGAUGGAAAAGCAAGACACCAGAUAAUCAGCCAACUGCUUUCACAGCACAACUACUGUCUUAGUGACAAAGAGAUGUCACUAUUGGUUCAGAGGACAGAGGGUUUUUCAGGACUGGACAUGGCCCAGUUGUGUCAAGAGGCUGUGGUCGGUCCUCUUCACAGCAUUCCCAGUACUGAUUUAUCAGCGAUCCACCCCAGUCAGAUGAGACCUAUCUCCUACCAAGACUUUGAUGGUGUGUUCUGCAAAUUCCAGCCUAGCAUAUCACAAAAGGAACUUGACAUGUAUAAUGAGUGGAAUAAAAUGUUUGGUUGUACUCAGUGACAGAAACUUAACGCAGUAUCUUUAAAUCCGUGACCAUCCAAGUGUUUUCCCUACAGUAAAAUGAUAUCGGACUGGAAAAA